AUUUACUUCAUUCAUAUAACCAUCAAUAUACCACCAUUAUGAAAUUCUCUUACGUUUUCCUCUCUGCCCUCGCUGUUGGCUUCGUCUCUGCUCAAACCCCUGGUUGCAACUGUGAUCCCAGCGACACCGAGUGUAUUUCCACUUGUGUCACCGGUACCAACGACUGCGUAACAGCAUGCGAGAACAACACUCAGUGCUACGAACAAUGCGUCCAGGGCUGGCCCGGUGUUGGCCAGGAAUCAUCUGCUGCUGCUGACGCCGGCUCUUCUGCUGGCGCCACUGAUCCCUCCGGCUCUACCCCCUCUGGUUCUGCUGCUGAAUCUGACCCUUCUCCUGCUCCUACCGAUGCUCCCAGUGAGUCUCCUGCUGCUUCUGGUUCUGCUGCUGAAUCUGGCGAACCUGGUGCUGAAGCCAGCGCCUCAGGUGAUGCCGAGACCUCCCCUGAAGCUGGCGAAGAAAAUGCUGAUGCUGAAAAUGCUGAUGAUGAAAAUGCUGCUGGUCAACUCAAGGCCUCUGCUUUGGGUCUUUCUGCUGUUGCCGUCGUCGCCGCCCUUGCUUUCUAAACUUACUACCUUUGUACACACAUUGCAGCCCACAAAUUACACCUAAUGUAGUUCUCUUUCAUUUUACAUUUAGCAACACUGUACUUUUGAAACAAACACACCACUCAUCCUGUAUUCCCCCUCAAUACUUGCUCUUACUUUUAUUAUUCACUAUUGCUACAUCUCAAAAUACAUAACUAUAUAGUUGGAUUUAUGUCAUUAUCGGUAUGUUGGUGAGAUCAAAGUUCUUGCUUUUUUCGUGACAAUAUGACUAUAAUUUAGACAAACUCUGUGUGUUUCACUCAAUAUCAGGC